AUGAUACAUCUGUUUCGAUUAUUACUGCUCCGGAAAACAAAGCAUUUUUCUUUCAGAUGCAAAAUUUCCGGAAGCAGAUAUAAGGAAGUUUGGAGUGCGUUAUCUGGUACAAAGCGAAAAAGAGAGGGUUUUGAACAAAGUGAGUGUGGGUGGUUGAAUAAACCUGUUGCUGGAAACGCGCUGAUCACAUAUAUGGAGGGCGAACUAGCCGCUAUAAACAGAAGGCUAGUUCAUGUGGAGGGAGUCACGAUUUAUUCGGUCGAUGAUGACCACAACCGACUAAGUUCGAGGGCAGUGCUUCAUCUCACCAAUCUUUCUCAAGUGACCAACCCUAAAAAGGCACUUGGCCCAGUGAACAAUGCAGCCUGUUCUGCUUUGACGCAUGCAUUCAUUGCUAGCCACUACUCUCGCCCCCACGAAAAAAUUACCCACGUUUGGCACCGGCUAGUUCAACUAAUACAAGGAGUACCUACUGUGGGGGCCCUCAGGCCAAUGGUGGAUUCUAUUUUCGCCUCCGAUCGAGGAUAUAAUGAGGUAGAGACUAUUUCUUUUCUCAAUGAACUCUAG